UUUUUGUUGUGAUUCUAUUCUAAACUUAUUAAUCUUGGCAAUGCCAUGACCAUUCUAUCUCUCACACUUAAUUGCAAAAACUCUCCUCCUUCUGCACGCCGCCUCUCCCUUACCUUACCUACAAAGACUUGCACUCUCUUUGUAUUCUUUCUACACAAUUCUCACUAAUUAACCAAAAAGAACCGAUCAUCUCUUAUAAAGUUUGUUGCUUUGUCCCCCUCCAAUGCCUUCUUCUUCGCUUACUAUCAUCGUCUGUCACUGAAAUUCACUGCAGUGAAGAGCUUGUUUGUGAAUCUACAUUGUCUCAUAGACAUUGCUAGAAAGGAGUUUUUUAGCACAUUGCAAUUUAUAGAAUGGAAGAUCAAAGAACUGAACUAGAGUUUGAUGAAUUUGAGAAGCUUCUUGGAGAGAUACCGAAUGCUACUUCUGGAAAUCAGCAUUCUGCUGAUGCUGGACCUAAAAGUGCACCUCUAAAUGGUAGCUGGGCACCCAUUUCUGUGAAUUCCUUCAAGGGGCCUUUUAUUGAGAAACUUGAAAGCAAUGGGAGUUUGGAUGACAGACAAAUUUUAGCAAAUAAAACUCAACAAUCUCCUACCACGAAUGCUCAGUCAGAGGAAGCAAAUUUGCCAGAUGACCAAUCCCUAACGUUAGCAUUUGCAGAAUUGAGUUUUAAUAGUGGGAGUCCUUUGGCAAAUUAUAAAUCCUUACCCAACCCUUCUGUAUAUACAAACACCAUGAAUAGUUCACUCUCCAAUACAGAUUCAUCAACGAUGGCUGCCCCUCCGUACCAAUCACCAAAUAAUUUACCUUCUGGUUUUGACAAGUUUAAUGCUGUGAAAGUUUGCCAUGAACAGCCAAAUUUCAUAAAAUUUGAUGCCCGAGAACAGAAGAAGGUGCCAACUGAUUUUUGUCAGCCUCAUCCAAUCAAAAAAUUCUCCACAGCUUUGCCACCAACUCAUGGCAUGCAAGGUUUUCAAUUGCUUUCCAAUGUGGGUGUCCAAGGCAUGGAUUUUCCUUUAAUGUCUGAUCAUCAACAAUACUUCACUGAUGUUCAGUCAUCACUUCCUUACAUGCAUUCACAACAGCUAAACCGGUCUCACAUCAACUGGAGGAAUAUUGAAGAAGAACAAUGCUACAGGAUGCAUCAGCAAUGCUUAUAUCUGCAGCAACUCCGGAAUCAAAGGUUGGAAGCUCAGAAUCCUACUUCAGCAAAUGGAAAUGUUGAAACCAAGCUGAUGAGUCGGAAUGUGAGGCAACCUUAUUUGGAGGUUCCAUUCUCCCACCAACUUCAACAAUCUAAUCAAGAAACAUUUUGGAGUAACUAUGCUGUCACAAGGGGUUUGAACCAAUCACAGAAUGGUAUACGCGUUUUAGACAAAGUAGGAAAACAGAGUUUUCCUGAAAAGAUUCUGACAAGGUCACAAGGACUGAACACACUGAAAGCUUUGAAGUUUGGCUCCGUUGGGGGCAAUGAAUCACUUGCCCAUCUCAACCAUAAUGGGAAACUUCUAUCAAAUGCUCACCUUUUCCAUAGCUUAUCUACUCCUACUGCUGGGUGCUUUCAGUUAGAUCCUUUGAGCUCAUGGAAUUUGUCCCCUGAUUUUACAGUCCUAAAGAGUACUAAUCUGAGGGCUCAGCCUCCGAAGUAUAACUCAGUAGAUGAAGUGACUGGUAGAAUAUAUCUUAUGGCAAAGGAUCAGCAUGGCUGUCGCUUCUUGCAAAGAACAUUUUCUGAGGGGACCCCACAAGAUGUCGAAAAGAUUUUUCUUGAGAUUAUUGAUCACAUCGUCGAGCUAAUGACAGACCCUUUUGGGAAUUACCUUGUUCAGAAGUUGCUUGAAGUAUGCAAUGAGGAUCAGAGAAUGCAAAUACUACGUACUAUCACUAGGAAAGCUGGGGAGCUUGUUCGGAUUUCAUGUGAUAUGCAUGGGUUUGCUCUCUGUCUCUAUAUGACUCGAGCUGUUCAAAAGGUAAUCGAAACCCUUAAGACUCCAGAGCAGUUUUCCAUGGUUGUCUCUGCAUUGAAGCCAUGUAUAGUGACUCUGAUAAAAAAUAUGAAUGGUAACCAUGUAGCCCAGCGCUGCUUGCAGUAUUUGAUGCCUGAAUACAGUGAGUUCCUUUUUGAAGCUACAACUGCUAAUUGUGUUGAACUUGCAACUGACCGUCAUGGCUGUUGUGUACUUCAAAAAUGCCUAAGCCAAUCUAAGGGAGAGCAAAGACGAUGUUUAGUCUCUGAGAUCACAUCAAAUGCUCUGAUCCUUUCGCAAGAUCCAUUCGGUAACUAUGUUGUGCAAUUUGUCUUUGAGCUUCGUCUUCCAUGGGCAGCAACUGAUAUUCUUGAUCAGUUGGAGGGUAGUUAUGGAGACUUGUCUGUUCAGAAAUAUAGCAGCAAUGUGGUCGAGAAAUGCCUAAAAUAUGCAGGUGAGGUGCGCCGCACUCGUAUCAUUCGAGAGCUGAUAAAUAAUUCUCGCUUGGAUCAAGUCAUGCAAGAUCCUUUUGGUAAUUAUGUUAUCCAGGCAGCUUUGCAACAAUCAAAGGGAGCUCUUCAUGCUGCUUUGGUGGAGGCUAUACGACCCCAUGUUCCUACUCUUCAAACUAGUCCUUAUGGGAAGAAAGUCCUAUCUAGUAAUAUUUUGAAAAAGUAAUCUGCAAACUUUAUGUCCAAUUGUGAAGUUCCUGUAAAUUUGGUUUCAAGAUUUCGAUGCUUUGACAUAAUGAGAAAACAGUCAAAGAUGCAUUCAUAGCUCAUCUGAACAGAUGAAAGGUGAAUUGUUUGAGGGUUUUUUUUUUAAUCAUUAUAAAAGAAAAUUUCACAUGACACGGGAUCCACGUGUUUGUAGAUCAAUUUUUUUUUUCCUUUUGCCUGGAAAUAAAAGAAAUGUGAAGGUGUAGAGUUCUUUGAGCUUAUGGGGGUUAACUGUAAUAUGGUUUUUUUGGACGGAAGCUCAAGAGUCGAUGCUUGGCGGAUGAUUGCAGGUUGGAAGAGAUUUGGAAGCUACCUGAUUUCCAUGCCUGACUUGCAUUUUUGUGGUGUACAUUUCGUGUCCAUAGAUUGCCAAGAUUAGGGCUUUGAUUUGUCAUAUAAAUAUAUAAGUUCCCAAGUUUGCCAUUCCCGUGUUUGUCUUUUUGACGAUGUAAUCUUGUUGAUUGUCUAGAUAUAUGUGAAGUAAUAAUGCCGUUCUUGCUGCUCAAAA